UUUGAGGACGUCGUUUCUACCCGGAGCAGAGGGAAAGAACAGCCGAAAUAGCUCGGGAGUGGGGCGGAGGGCAGUGGGAGCAGAAGAGGGGAAUCCUGAGCUGCUCCUCGGGGAUAAAUAUCCGUGAUCCAGGCGGUGAUAAGAGUAGAGUUUCCCGGGACUUCCUUUACGGUUGAUCAGUGACUGAAGAGGAUGAGGGUGCUCUCCUGAACCCCCACCCCCCCUCCACCCAACUCACAACAUUUCAUUCUCCUUACCACCUCCAUCCUCACCUGUGCCUCCAUCAUGAACCACACUCCCAGCCCCCACCUGUCUGACGGUGGGAAGUCAGCCGGAGGCGGGCUGCUGUGCAGCCUGGGCCUGGGGUCUGACCGGGGGAUCCGCUCCCCGGACAGCCUCACCCACAGCCCUAGCCCCACAGGAGGAACCCCCAGCUCCAGCCCCCCACUGCUGCUGUCGCCUGGGCUGGGAGGCCUUGGGUUGGGAUCCCUCGGGGCCAUGGGUGAAGGAGCGGGGGGCGACUGGGAGAGCAGGGAGGAGCUGAGGCUCAGGGAGCUGGAGGAGGCCCGGGCAAGAGCGGCCCAGAUGGAGAAGACCAUGAGAUGGUGGUCGGACUGCACCGCCAACUGGAGGGAGAAGUGGAGCAAGGUUCGUGCAGAACGCAACAGAGCGCGCGAUGAGGUCCGUCAGCUGAGGCAGCGGCUGGACACGAUCACCAAAGAGCUGACCAGUGUCAGGCGGGAACGGCAGGAGCUGGCCUCGGAGAACGAGACACUACGGCAGCAGACACUGCAUCUCCGUGGAGACCACGUGGUGCCUGCUCCAUCCGCCGCUUCUCCCUCUUACUCCCCUGCACACCACUGUGGCGCCUCCUCCUCCUCCUCUCCAUCCAUACCUCCCUCUUCCCCUGCUUCCUCCUCCUCUUUCUCUCAGGUUCACAAUGACAGUAAGCCAGACAGGGUGGGGGAGGCACCUCCGGGGUCUCCGGAACCAGAACCAGUACGGGAUGUGGACUUGGACAGAGAGAAGCUAUGUCAGCAACAGGACCUGGAGCUGCUGGAGUCCGUCCUGCGUUCCAAGGCUCCCGGGGCUGACGGCCAGGAGGCCUGGGACGGGCGUGGUGGUAGCAGCUGUGCCAACGCGGCCAGCUCACGCUCGUCCUGCGGCUUGAGUCGGCAGGAGCGCAGCAGGCAGCUGUGGGAGGACAUGAGCACAGUGGAGGAAGACUCCAGCAAACUCAAUGCCCUGCAGCUUCGUCUGGACGAGUCCCAAAAAGUCCUGAUGAGAGAAAGAGAAGACAAACUCGCUCUGAGUAAGAGCAUCGAGAGGCUGGAGGCUGAACUGAGUCAGUGGAAACUUAAAUAUGAGGAGCUCAGCAAGAGCAAGCAGGAGGCCCUCAAACAGCUCAAUCUGCUAAAGGAAAUGCACCAGGAUGAACUCGGCCGUAUAUCUGAAGACCUGGAGGAUGAGUUGGGAGCUCGGACCAGUAUGGACAAGAAACUAGCCGAACUACGGGCUGAGAUGGAGAGGCUGCAGGUGGAGAACGCUGCGGAAUGGGGGCGCAGGGAGCGCUUGGAAACCGAGAAACUAGCCUUGGAGAGGGACAACAAGAAGCUGCGGGCUCAAGCUGAGGACCUGGAGGAGCAACUGGCCAAGAAACGUCGGCAGGCCGCCUCCGCACUGGACACUGACUUGAAAGCCAUCCAGAGCGAGCUGUUCGAAAGAAACAAGGAGCUGGGCGACCUUCGCCACAUUCAUGCUAAGCUGAAGAAGCAGUUCCAGGAGAAGACGGCAGAGCUCGUCCACGCCAACCGGAGAGUGGAGGGUCACGAGUCCGAAGUCAAAAAGCUAAGGCUGAGGGUGGAGGAGCUUAAAAAAGAGUUAGGACAAGCCGAGGAUGAGUUGGAUGAGUCUCAUAACCAGACCAGGAAGCUACAGAGGUCUCUGGAUGAGCAGGUGGAGCAGUCUGAGAACCUGCAGGUACAGCUGGAACAUUUACAGUCCAGACUGCGGCGGCAGCAGCAGAGCCCUGGGCUGUUUGGGAAGAUGCGAUCGGCUCGGUUCAGUCCUGAAAACCAAGAAAGUCCCAGCAGCGACAUGGAUGAGGAGGAGGAACUGCAGCUCCAGAUCCCAUGACACACAAACACACACAAACACACAUAGAAAAAACAUGUACUUUAACAUCAGCAGUCUAAUAAAAAGAGGAAAAUAUUGUUGCUCUAGAGGUAAAACUGGAAGCAGCUCAACCAGAGUGUUUAAAGGACCAAUCCAAAAGUUUCGUAAACUUUUGACCUGCGUCGGAUCAAAUGAUCAGUAAAAAGAGUUUCCACAAGCAGCAGGUUGAUGAGCACAUACCUGACCAUUACACAGAACAUGAACACAUUCCCAUUAACACAUUCGAGCCAUCAUUUUUGUAAAGCUAUUUACAACAGUGGAGUGGAGAGGUUUGUUUGUUGUUAACUGUAUCUCAAUCCAUUUGUGCGUAAUGACAUUUGUCCACACAUUAACAUAUCUGAUCAUGCACAUGUUUUCUGAAUACACAUUUGCAGAUACUUUCACAAAUUCUCGAAUCUUCUUUUACAUAUUUACAAAACGGAUUAAACACACGUUAUUUCAACGUUUACAGAAUCUGAAGACGUGUAUUCAGAAUCCAUGUGUGCAUAAUCAGAUGUUAAAAUGGGGGGGGACCUGCAUUUAGACUGGAAUGUGUUUUAAGAUUUGUAAAAGUGUAGACAAAUCUAAUUACGCACACACUGUGUGAGGUACAGUUACACAACGCUCCACUCACAUCGCUGUAAAUAGCUUUACUACAAUAAUGGCCCCCAUAUACUUUAUUAGACACACACCAAGAUGAAACCCUAGCACGAGUGUUGUACUCAAUAAAAAUUGUCUUUCCUCAACAAACCACACAGCAGAGGUGGACACAUCAUUCUUUCAGUGUUCAAACUCAUUCUUACUUCACAUAUCUGAAGCAUCACAGCUGCCUCACCUGAGCUGUGCUGCUGUAUUCAAUCACACUCCACAUCUCCAUCUCCAGUAUUCAAACUUUAAUCACAUCAGGGGAACGGUCUUAUGUUACCCUCUUAGCUUGAAACUGUUGAUAUAUCACAGGACAUCAAUCAUUUUGAAAGGACACUACCAAAAUGGUUGCCACAUUUUAACCAGUAUUUAUAAAUGUAUUUUUCCCCUAAAUAUUGAAGACUCAAACUCUUUUUUCUGAUAUGGUCACAGGAGCUUCCCGUCUCCCCACGUUUUUUUAUUUUUCAAACACCAAUGCUGACUGAUUCCCUCAUUCCUUUGUGCAAUGGUGUUGGAAAAAGAAAAAACCUGAGGCCGAAAACUGUUCCUUGUUGCAAUCAAGGUGUAAUGUUUAGGUUUUAACCAUUUUAUGGCUGGACUGUGUGUGGUAGAUGUGAGACAUUGCGGGUUGCUCAAUGUCUCUGUUGCUGGGUGACAUACCACGCUAAUUAGCAAAUCAAUGACAUCAUUGCAUUGUGUUUGCAUUCUGCAGAGUUUCAGCUAGUUUUCUCCUCUCCUAAUCUCUGUGCUCAUACACAGUAUGUUAAUACAGUUGAAUUCGCAAUAAAGCUGCUGUUACACGUUUGUCUGUGGAGCAAGUAUGAAACAUUGACUGAAACGAGGCCCAUCCAGUCUGUGUUAACCAGCAGUCACGUCACUGCCAUUUCCAAAACUCUGCUCUGAUAAAUUCUGAUUUUAUAACCAUGGCAUCGUCUGACGAAAUCACCAGACACACACACUUUAUGCUUUGUUUUCAGCUGUGUUUACUUAUAAAAUCAUGCCUCUGAAAAAAAGUUAAAGGCUCCGUCACGUCUGUGUCAGUGGAGUAAGACGCAUAGAGAAAGUUUGACCUUGUGCUUUUGGGGCAAAACUACCCCAAAAGCUUAUUACUCUCUUCCGCAUAAAGCAGCUAAUGUUUAUCCAAAACUUCGCUACAUUUUUGCUCUUUGUGCGUUUUUGAAAAGAAAAAAAGUCAAAGGGAUCUGACAGGUCGUUACAUCUUGUGACAAAGGCACUUAAUUGGCAUAACUACCUGAAAGAAAAAACAAAACUCAGCCAUCAAACCAUUGAUUUAAAUUCAUUACUCAGUCAGUCAGACAUUCGCCUUUCCAACGUGUCAUCACUGUCAACAAUCCCAACUACACACCGGUAUUCCAGACAGCAAACACUAGUAAAACAACCAAAGCUCUGUUGUUUGGAUGUGCACGGAUGAUGAUUGAUGCACUGUUUAUACUGUUUUUUUAGUAUUUUACAGUAUUGUGAUUUUCCUGGAAAAAAAUCCCUCAAAUCCCAAAUGAGGGGAUAGUGAAACACAAAAUCCCAUGCCAGUAAAAAUUCCUGUUGCCAUAAUAGUCAUGAGGCUCUCUCAGGACGACCAAAAAAUUUUCAACAGUGGGGGGGUUUGGAAACACUGGGUGUUGGACUGAAGUGGUAACAAUCCUGGGGUAAAUCUCUGUGGAAGAGCUCCAGUCGAACGGUGGAUGGAUGCAGUUGUGAAAUCAACAGAACAUUCAUUCAUCCUCCACCACCAUCAACAGUCACUCUCCCUCGGCCUCAACUCCAAUUCUGGAGGGAGGCGGAGAUAUUUUUACUGAUCAGGAUUCUGAAAUAUUUAUGUUGUUGUUGUUAUGGUUUAGUUUUAUAAAUGAUCUGUACCACAGUGGUUUUGUAUUAGCUCUAUAAAUGUCAGCUGUACAUACAAAUUAAAA